CCCAGAGCCUAGGAACUCCACCCCCUCGGAGGGCUGGCGAGGCCUUGCGUCACCAGGAGCUCACCUUCUCAUUUGCCUUUGCUCCACCUUCUCCGCCGCCGGGUCUCCUCUGGGCCCCACUACCGGGAGAGAGUUUUCCUGCCGGAAAGCAGCUCGCGGCUGCGGCAAUUUACGACAUCGGUUGUGACAGGCCCUGGGAACAUCGACUUCCUCCCUUAAGCCGUGCUAAAGCCGACGGGAUGUUCGGGGCCGGAGACGAAGAUGACACCGACUUCCUCUCGCCAAGCGGCGGUGCCAGGCUGGCUUCUCUUUUUGGACUGGAUCAAGCAACUACGGGCCAUGGAAAUGAAUUCUUCCAGUACACAGCCCCAAAGCAGCCUAAGAAAGGCCAGGGAAUAGUGGCCACAGGAAAUCAGACAGCACCAAAACCAGCAACCACCACCACCACAGGCACUUCGUCAGUACUGUUUGCAACCGCAGUGCACGCAUAUCGCUACAUAAACGGUCAAUAUGCAAAGCAGGGCAAAUUCGGAGCUGCUGUCCUGGGGAACCACACAACCAGAGAGUAUAGGAUUCUUCUUUACAUCAGUCAGCAGCAGCCAGUGACUGUUGCUACAAUUCAUCUGAACUUUGAGCUAAUGGUUCGGUCCAAUAACUACAGCACCUUUUAUGAUGACCAGAGACAAAACUGGUCUAUCAUGUUUGAGUCAGAGAAGGCUGCUGUGGCGUUCAAUAAACAGGUGUGUGUGGCCAAAUGCAAUAGCAGUUCUUCCUUGGAUUCGGUGCUGUGUCAGGACCUGGUUGCAGCAGAGGGUCCUGCUGUAGAUACUGGAGAUUCUUUGGAAGUAGCCUAUACAGGCUGGCUCCUUCAGAAUCAGAUGCUGGGCCAGGUUUUUGACUCUACUGCUAACAAAGAUAAACCUCUUCGCCUGAAAUUAGGAUCAGGAAAAGUUGUCAAGGGCUUAGAGAAUGGACUACUGGGCAUGAAGAAAGGAGGAAAGCGGUUAAUUAUCAUUCCUUCAGCCUGUGCUGCUGGCUCUGAAGGAGUAAUAGGCUGGACUCAGCCAAUAGACUCAAUCCUGGUGUUUGAGGUAGAAGUUAGGCGGGUGAAGUUUGCUAGAGAUUCUGGCUCUGAUGGCCACAGUGUGAGCUCCCGGGACUCUGCAGCCCCCUCCCCUGUACCUGCUGCUGACAGCCUCCCAAGUGACCCUGCUGUGAUACCACCCAUAACACUGCCUCUCAAGUCCGGGGAGCCGGCUCUUCGUUCCAAAUCUAACUCUCUCAGUGAACAGCUUACUGUAAAUACAAGUCCUGACACAGUCAAGGCCAAGCUGAUCUCUCGGAUGGCUAAAAUGGGCCAGCCCAUGCUGCCCAUCCUCCCACCACAGCUGGAUUCCAAUGGCUCAGAACCAGAAGAUACAACUGUUGUACGCGGAGCUGGGCAGUCCCUGGUGACACCGUCUGUCCAGCCUUCUCUUCAGCCAGCCCAUCCAGUGUUACCACAGAUGGCCACACAGGCACCUCAGCCAUCUGUUUCUGGGUUCCAAACACCCUCUGCUGCCUUGAUGCAAGUUGCUCCUGUUGAUUCCCACUCUGUUGUAUCUGGAAAUGCUCAGAACUUCCAGCCCUGUGCAGGUGUGCAAGCCUACACAUAUCCCCAGGCAUGCUCAGUUACCUCGCAGCUGCAGCCUGUUCGGCCCUUGUACCCAGCACCACUGUCCCAGGCUCCCCACUUUCAAGGAUCAGGUGACAUGAUGUCCUUUCUCAUGACUGAAGCCCGGCAACACAACACUGAAAUUCGAAUGGCAGUCAGCAAAGUGGCUGAUAAAAUGGAUCAUCUCAUGACUAAGGUGGAAGAGUUACAGAAGCAUAGCUCCGGCAGUUCUAUGCUUCCUCCUAACAUGUCAGUCACCAUGGAAACAAGCAUGAUCAUGAGCAACAUCCAGCGAAUCAUUCAGGAAAACGAGAGGCUGAAGCAGGAGCUCCUUGAGAAAAGCAGUCGGAUAGAAGAGCAGAAUGACAAGAUUAGUGAACUCAUUGAACGAAACCAGAGGUAUGUUGAGCAUAGUAACCUGAUGUUGGAGAAGAGGAACAACUCACUUCAAACAGCCACAGAAAACACACAGGCAAGAGUAUUGCAUGCUGAACAAGAGAAGGCCAAGGUGACAGAAGAGUUAGCAGCAGCCACUGCACAGGUCUCUCACCUGCAGCUGAAGAUGACAGCUCACCAGAAGAAGGAGACAGAGCUGCAGGUGCAGCUGACAGAAAGCGUGAAAGAGACAGAGCUUCUCAGGGGCCAGGUCACCAGACUCCAGGCGGACCUCGCGGAGCUCCGAGAAGCCUCUGAGCAAACACAGUCCAAAUUCAAAAGUGAAAAGCAGAGCCGGAGACAGCUGGAGCUCAAGGUGACAUCCCUGGAGGAAGAACUGACUGACCUCCGAGCUGAGAAGGAGUCCCUGGAAAAGAACCUCUCAGAGAGGAAAAAGAAAUCGGCUCAAGAGCGCUGCCAGGCAGAGGAGGAGAUGGAUGAGAUUCGCAAGUCACACCAGGAGGAACUGGACAGACUUCGGCAGCUCUUGAAAAAGGCUCGAGUGUCCACAGACCAAGCGACUGCAGAGCAGCUGUCUCUCGCACAGGCACAGGCGGAGCUGCAGAGCCAGUGGGAAGCCAAGUGUGAGCAUCUCUUGGCCUCUGCGAAGGAUGAGCACCUGCAGCAGUACCAGGAGGUUUGCGCGCAGAGGGAUGCCCAGCAGCAGAAGCUGUCCCGCCUUCAGGAUGAGUGCUUAGCUCUCCAGGCGCAGGUCGCAGCCCUCACCGCACAGAAUGAGCAUCUCCAGCAACUGGAGAAGAAUAAGUCCCAGGCACCUGCAGUCAGAGCUGCUGCUGACCCCUCAGAGAAGGUCAAGAAGAUCAUGAACCAGGUGUUCCAGUCAUUGAGGGGAGAGUUUGAGCUGGAGGAGUCUUAUGAUGGCAGGACCAUCCUCAGGACCAUCAUGCACACAAUCAAGAUGGUGACUCUGCAGCUGUUGAGCCAGCAGGAGGAAGAGCAGGGGGAGAGUAGCAGUGAGGAGGAGGAAGAGAAGCCUUCGAGACCUUCCGUGGAGCAGCCAGGUCCCGCCACUCCAGGGCUGUCCCCAGCACCCCCACGUGGGGAGACACAGGAGGCCCCCAAGGUGCUGUCAGAACAGGUAGCAGGGGAGAACACCCCACUGCUUCCACAGGAUCUCCCCAUGCCACGGAAUGGUACACAGACAAGGAGAGAGGGGUUCUCAGAAGCAGAGACGUCCUCGGAGAUGAAAGACAGCUCCCUCCCACCUGAGCCAGCCGGCAUCCCAUCCCACAGAGUCCUGGGGCCCCCGACUUCAAUCCCACCUAAACCUCCAGGCCCUGUGACUGUGGAUUCCGAGUGUGAGGAGGCACUUGCUGAUGGCCAGAGAGCAGUGCAGCCCGACAACCCACCGGGAGAAGAAGAACAUGUCAGGGAAGUAGCCCCAGAUGGCCCACUGCAAGGAAACUCCAGGAGAUUGUCACUGACUCCAGACCCUGAGAAGGGGGAGCCACCAGCCUUAGACCCUGAAAGCCCAGGAGAACCUCAGCCUCCUGAGCUCAGAGAAGUUGAGGACGUCAGUAGCUCUGGUCCCCCUGAGGCAUUGUUGGAUACAGAGCUUGCUUCUGCGGCUUCAGGAGCAUCCCCCAGACACAACCAGGACUCCCAGAACUGCAGUCUCUCUGGGGAUGAAGAGGACGAGCUGUUUAAAGGGGCAACUCUGAAAGUCCCGAGGCCCAAAGUCCAGCCUGAGGAAGAGGAUGAAGACGAGGUGGUAAGGAAAUCUCAGGCUCUGCGGAGUCCUCAUAGCACCACCUGGGGGCUCUUCCCUGCAGGCUCGGAGAAGAGAAAAGGAGUCUGUUGGUGGCCUACUUCCUGGACUCUGUGUACAGGACCUUGUGGGAGUGAGCUUGGGGUCCAGAGUGGGCAGCUCUGUAAGCAGAGUGGGGAUGGCCAGCUGCCACUGUACUCUUAAAAGGGUGCCAUAAUCUCUGUCCCCUGGGGAAUCAGUCCUAUUUGCAGUAAGGGAAGGUGGGAAGAUUCUGAAAGUCAGCUUGUGGCGCUCCUCCUUCCUAGACAAAGAAAGGUUAGAAGGAUCAUUCACAGGAGGCUGAUGGUAGAUUAGGACUGAGCCCAGGCUUCUCUUGGGUCACUUGUUUCUGAGAACUUCUGCUCACCUAGUCCACUUCCACCCUGCUGCUUGCUUUCUCAGCUCACACCCAGGGCUCAUUGUUGACAGUGUAGUCAAGUGAGGGGACAGGAGAGCCGGGCCACAGAGGGAGCUGCUGACAGAGCCAGGAUUGGAGCCCUGGCUUGGCCAUCUGACAUGUGACCAUUUUGACGCUGUAAUGGGAAUUUCACUGUUAUGAAGUGUGUGGAGGAGACAGAGGAGUGUUAGAUUCAGUCUAGGGCAGAACUAGGAGGCUGAACAUGGGCAAAGCCUGUUGCCCUUCUGUACCAUCCAUUUGGAGUGAGUUUUGCCUUUUGCCAGAAGGCAGUGACAUCUGGAACCCAACUCAGGUGAAGCAGAGUCCGGCCCUCCUGCCUGCCUGCCUGCCUGCCUUCAGAGAAGGUACCCUAUUCCUCCCAUUAGCCUGCCUUCCUGAGAAUUCAGUUUGCAUUUGAGAACACUAACUACAAAUUCUGCAUAGAAAAUGAAGGAGAAAAGAAGAUGAGCGAUAUAUUAAUUGGUAUUACUGCCAGUUCUAUCAAGUCAAUAAUCUGUUUCUUCGGUAGUCAGAAAAAUACUUCACAGUUUCAUUUAACCUUCUACUAAUAUGAUUAUGUGUUAUGCUUGUCUGGAGCCUCAAGCCUUGCGACACCUGACCAAAGCAGACGAAAGGCUAGAAGCUUAAAUCAUGAAGAGAGCAGGAGAGCCUCCUACACGGCUCCUUGUGUUAGUCAGCAUUGUUCCUGCACAAAAUGCUGGAAACAGGAAGUGUAUACAGACAGACUGUAUAUUUUGGCUCAAAGUUUCAAAGGUUUGAGUCCACGAUGGGUUCACUCCACUGCUUUCAGGCCUACGGUAAAGACAUGUAUAGAGGAAAAGCAUCCUCUUCAUGGUUAGGAAGUGGAAGAGUGAAAAGGAGGCCAGAGUUCACUGCCCCCUUAGAGGGCCACCUCUAGUCCCCAGACCUCUUACUGGGCCCAUCGCAGAAGGUUUCCAGCACCUCCACCAGUACCACCUGUAACACAGUAUCCUUUGGCUGGGACGUUUAGGGUCCUAAGACCCUUUAUCCCUUUAGUCCACACUCCCAUUAAAGAGAGCAUGGCCCUGCCUUUGUGAGCUUUCUUUAUCUCUUGGGAUUCUCCACUUGAGAGUUUGGACAUGCCUCUGCAUCCACGUCUUUCUGAGUUUCUCUGGCCACCUCAGGCCACAGCUGGCUUUCUAAUGUGAUUGUACUUCUCCGGACCUCUCAUUCUCCUGUUCCAGGCUGCUCUGCUUCCGUUUCUUCUCUUUUCCCAUCUCUCCUUAACGAACCUUCUUUUUUCCACACGCAAUUUCUAAGUUGACUUAUCUGCCCUAUCAAUACGUGUUUCACAAAUAAAUUACAGAAACUGCCAAGCAAAA